AAUUUUUAAUAAUGAAAAAAAGAAGAAGAAGAAGAAAGAGCAUGUAAGCAAUAAUAGGCGGAACAGCGCGCUGGGUUCCGCCGUGGACGCUAGCCUAUCUUCACUGAGUUGUUGAACGGAUACAACACCGGUGACGUCUGCGGAGACUGUUGUCGGCAGAGAGAGCAAUGGGUGUCGUUUUAGCUCCGGCCAAUUCGUGCCGGCUCAACCUGUACUCAAGCUUACGACUCAUCUCCUUCUACAGCACAAACGCUUUUGAAACCGCCAGAAUGACAAACAAAAUCCCUCGUUCCCUCUCCCUUCUUCGCCAUCACUCUCUGCCCUACCCAUUUUCCGGUGGCUCUCCGGUCACCUGCGUGCCUUGCACGAGGUGUUGCUGCUCUGUAAUCGCCGCUGCUUUAUCCCCCGGCGAGGCCGCGGAGAAGGUGAAGCUGGAGGAUGGCCGAAAGCCAAGUUUGGAAACUCGUGAGAAAGUGGGGAAGUUCAAAAGGAGGUUGAGGAUUGUUGAUAUAAAGGGAGGACCAGAUGAGGGCUUGGACCGGUUAGGGCAGACGCUGGUUGUGAGGGGUUGGGUUCGGACUCUUCGAGUACAAAGCAGCGUUACAUUCAUCGAGGUUAAUGACGGGUCGUGCCUUUCAAACAUGCAAUGUGUGAUGAACUCGGAUGCUGAUGGUUAUGACCAGGUGGAAGCUGGCUUUAUCACGACUGGUGCAUCGAUAUGGGUACAAGGAACUUUGGUAACCAGCCAAGGUUCAAAGCAGAAAGUAGAACUGAAGGUCGAGAAAAUUUUGAUAAUUGGUAAGAGUGAUCCUUCAUUUCCUAUCCAAAAGAAAAGGGUCAGCAGGGAGUUUUUGAGAACCAAAGCUCAUCUUCGCCCUCGAACGAACACAUUUGGUGCGGUUGCGAGAGUGAGGAAUGCUUUGGCCUAUGCUACUCACAAGUUUUUCCAAGAAAAUGGGUUUGUUUGGAUUUCAAGUCCUAUAAUUACUGCAUCAGAUUGUGAAGGUGCUGGCGAACAGUUCUGUGUGACUACUUUGAUUCCAAGCUCCCGAGAAGCCACAGAUUCUACAGCUAAGGCCGUUCCAGAAACGAAAGAUGGUUUCAUUGACUGGUCACAGGAUUUUUUUGGUAGACCGGCAUUCUUGACUGUCUCAGGCCAACUCAAUGCUGAAACAUAUGCUACUGCUCUAUCUGAUGUGUAUACAUUUGGUCCGACAUUUCGAGCAGAAAAUUCAAACACUUCUAGACAUUUAGCUGAAUUUUGGAUGAUUGAGCCAGAACUUGCUUUUGCUGAUUUGGAUGAUGACAUGGCCUGUGCAACUGCCUAUCUCCAGUAUGUAGUAAAACACAUUCUCGAAAAUUGCAAGGAAGACAUGGACUUUUUCAAUACUUGGAUAGAGAAAGGGAUUGUCAAUCGAUUGACUAAUGUGGCCGAGAAAGACUUUGUGCAGUUGACCUACACUGAUGCAAUUGAACUUCUUCUUAGAGCAAAUAAGAAUUUUGAAUUCCCGGUGAAGUGGGGAUGUGAUUUGCAGAGUGAGCAUGAACGUUACAUAACUGAACAGGCCUUUGGUGGAUGCCCUGUAAUAAUCAGAGACUAUCCAAAGGAGAUCAAGGCUUUCUAUAUGCGGCAAAAUGAUGAUGAGAAGACUGUGGCUGCCAUGGAUGUGCUGGUUCCCAGGGUUGGCGAGAUUAUUGGUGGAAGCCAAAGAGAAGAACGCCUUGAACAUUUGGAAAUUCGUUUGGAUGACUUGAAGCUUAACAGGGAAAGCUAUUGGUGGUAUCUUGAUCUGCGUCGUUAUGGAUCAGUUCCACACGCUGGCUUUGGUUUGGGUUUUGAGAGGCUUGUGCAAUUUGCAACUGGAAUAGAGAAUAUAAGGGAUGCAAUACCUUUUCCUCGAACACCUGGUUCAGCUGAAUUCUGAAGUCUUCAUCUCAUUCAUGCAUUUUAUUUGGUUCUAAAAUUCUUUAUAAAAUAAUUGCCUUCUCAUCUCAUGCUCCCACUAACUUAAAUGUUUAGCUUCAUUGGUUUACUUUCCAAUUAAUCGAAAGAUAAGAUAGUGUAAAUGGCUGAAAAAUUAUAAUAUUGCUGUAUAUUAAUCUUCAUGCUUGUGUCCAAGAGACAUUUGAACAAAUAUGACUUAAUCUUCAUUCCGGAGAAUUUGAACUCCAA